CCACAGCUGGAUUCUUGAAAGAGCAGAAUUGUGUUGGUAUUUGGAUUGGGAUAUCUCAGAAGGAAAAAAAAUACAGUCCUGUGUUACAGGGUUAAUGGCAGCCUUCCUUCUCUGUGGCCCGCAGGCGCUGUCUUCAUUGUGGAGUGGGGAGAAGCUAGGGCCGUAUCCAUACAACAGUGGAGGAGGCUGCCACCUGGUGAUGAAACAGACUGACCACCACCUUCUCCACUGCCCAGAAAAUAUGGCCGAAUGAAGACUAAGGAUGUGCUAUGGAGCCUGGAUUCAACUGCUCUGACCUGUGUGACAGCUACUCCAGUUGGAACAGCCAGGCGCGGAGGCAGAGGACCCUGCAGGAUCUCUGCACGAUAACGAUUACGGCCUACGACAGCAGCAGUAAGACCUUCCCCUCCUCCUCGGCUGCCCUCCUGGGAGUUGUGUGGACUUUCCUCACCGGUGGAGUCCUGCUGGCUCUUUUCUUUCUUGUCUUCACAAUUCACUUCAGGAAGAACAGAAUUGUGAAGAUGUCCAGCCCCAAUCUGAACAUUGUGACACUGCUGGGCAGUGGCUUGACUUACGCUAGCGCUUACCUCUUUGGGAUUCCGGAGCAAAGUUUGUUUUCUGGAGCCUCAAUGGAAAUGCUCAUUCAGGUGAGGCUCUGCUUGCUGUGUGUUGGGAGCUCCCUGGUCUUUGGGCCCAUCCUAGGCAAAAGCUGGCGGUUGUACAAAGUGUUCACACAGCGCGGUCCAGAAAAGAGGGUGAUUAUCAAAGACCUCCAGCUGCUGGUGGUGGUGGUGGUGCUGGUGCUGGCAGAUGCCAUGCUGCUCACAACAUGGAUUGUCUCUGAUCCAGUUCAGUGUUUCCAAAGCUUCAGUGCAUCCCUGAGGGUGACUGACAAGGGCAUGACCUGUUCGGUGGGUAGGAUGCAGUUCUGCGCGUCUCUCUACUCCGAACUUUGGCUCAUUCUCAUUUUAGGGUUUAAGAGCAUCCUGUUGAUAUAUGGGACGUACCUGGCUGGUCUGACAGAUAAUGUCAGUGCUCCACCAGUGAAUCAGUCCUUGAUCCUCAUUGUUGGGGUCAACCUCAUUUUCCUUGCUGCUGGGACAGUUUUUUUAGUUAACUGGUUUUUCUACACUUGGCACAACCUGGUCUUUGGUUUUACAUCUGGAGGCAUCUUCAUCUGUACGACCACAAUCAAUUGCUUCAUCUUUGUUCCACAGCUCAGGCAGUGGAAAGCCUUUGAGGAAGAACAGAACCAAACCAUUAGCCACAUGGCAAAAUAUUUUUCCAGCCCCAGCAAGAGCUUCCACUCCAUGUACAGUGAAGAGCAGAUCUGCCAGCUGAUAGGGGAGAAGAACUCCAUGCAACGGCUGCUUACUGAGAAAAAUGCUGUGAUCGAAAGCCUCCAGGAGCAAGUGAACAAUGCUAAGGAGAAGCUGAUGAGGCUGAUGUCUGCAGAGUGCAGCUAUGAUUUGAUGGGCCUCGCUGUUCCUUCCACAUCCUUCUCCAUCUUGCCUCAGAACACAGGUAGCCAUGUUGAGUCCAGUGGCUGUGCCAUGGAAGCUGAAGGGCUGCAUGGAGACAAUUUUCCUCCUGGUCAAGAGCAGAACCCUUGGCACUGUCCCAGUCUCCCAGAUACACAGUGCAGUCCAGUGUCUGUUGGCAAACAAGUUUGUGUUGGUAUCACCCAGAACCAUAAACAUAUAAAGCACCAAAACACUUCACCAGAAGAUCUUAGUUGCUAUGAGGCACUGUUUUGUAACCCUAUGGACAUCUCCAAAUACAGCUCUAAGGAUGUCCAAGAGCAAUGGAGGCCUCCAAACAACAAGAAAUGUAUCGACAAUCCACCAAUACCAUUGAGCCAGAAUCUCUCAGCAGUUGAUGGGAGAGCAGAGCAACCAGAGAGCUCAGCAGCAACCAAAGAGCAGCCCUCAAAGGUCAGUGAAAAGUUGCAGGAAAUCUUGCAAGAGCUGAGCAUUGGCGGCAUAGUUAGUGCCCAGGCAUCACCCAGGGGGCCUAGGCAACCCAGCCACAAUGCAGAACAUGAAAAGAGUGCAGCCUGGAGACCCUGGGAGAGUUACACAGGCAUCUGCACUUACCUUAGUCCUUACAGGACAAGACGGCAAAGAAGAAGAAGAAUCCCAGUCCAUCCACCUUCCACCUGCUUUCCUGCGUCCACGACCCCACAAGCGUGGAGUCUCACAAACAAGGCAGUCAGCAGGACACAGAGCAGACAGAGCACUUGGAGCCGUCAUGGAUUAACACAAACAUCUCUGGAUAAAGCAGGUGACACCAGUGAUGGAAGGUUCCUCUAUCAGCCAUCACCCUCCUCAUCAGUCAUCGACAAAAUGUGCAGCUUCCAGCUGAAGCAUAGGAAGAACUGGCCUGACGAACAAAGCCAUGAAGGGAACGGCCAAGUUUCAAACAAACACCAAGGCUCUGCCCAAGUGAAGAACUGCAAUGCUCGGCUGUAUCCCUCCAGUCCCCGCAGCCUCCAGCAGCAGCAGGGGGAUGCUGGGAGGGACCUGGAACAACCCCUUGUGCCCUCCCUGUGCCUUUAUCCAGACUCUGACUCCAGUAGCAGCUCGGAGGAGACGUUCAGCUGCUGCCACAGGCCUCACUGUGAAAUCUGCUUCCACAGCCCUGGGGACUCCAGUGACAGCUGCACCACUGACACAGACCCAGAGCCUGGUGGGUUCCUAGCCCACUGGGCAAAGCUUUAUGGCAGGCCUCAGCCCAUCGUGAACUUCAAAGAUGAUCUGAAACCCACGUUGGUGUAAAUGUAAAUGAAGACAUCCUAUUCCAGAGGCAUCCCCCCAGACAAGUUGUAUUUUAAACAGCAUGGAAGGAACGCACUAUCUGAGGGAAGUGGGUUGCUCAGAGAACUGGGAAUGGGAUAUAAAGGCCCAGAUUCACAAAGCUGCUUAAGUGCCUAGUUCCCAGUGAAAUUAAUGGGAGUUAGGUGCCCAAGUACCUUUGUGAAUCUGGGCCAAAGCCUUUACCUGUCUAGGAUGCUAAUUCAGAUCCAGUCUAGGUCAGGAGUGACUGACAAUCACAACCAUCUGAUAGCUGGUUAGUGGUAUUAUUGAAAUGAGUUGGCGGUUUUAGUCUAGUUGCUAUGGACAGCUGCCCACAUCACAUACAAACUCAUCACACUAAUUGGCCUUCUUGUCAGCACUCUGAGCAGGGAGGUCAAGGAUUGAAUUGACCAGGCUGACUGUACUACCCUCCCAUCCUAGAGGACUCCUUCUGGGUCGGAGAUGAUUUGCACAGCUGGGGAGCAGUGUAUGGGGAAGACUUGAAUAGCUUUGACCCAUGCUCUUCCUGCUCUGUACAGCACCCAGCCAAACAGAGACCUUCAGUCCCCCAGAGCUGUCAAUGUGGAACCUUUCACCAACAUUGCAUUCAAUUCGAAUUUGUAAAAAAGAAAUGUGGAAUUAUUUUCACCUUGGCAUUCAGCCUUAAUGAGCUAGUCUCUCAACACAGCAAGAAUCUGGGGGUGGCAGAAAACACUAGACUUCCUAUUUUUAUUUUGUUGUCUCUGAGCAAGCUAAUGAAAUCCAAGGCUGACUUCUCCAGAUCUGACUUUGCAUUUCACUCAGUUUAAAUAUACAGCAGCAGGUAGAUACUGAGCAGAACUGAAGGGGGAAAGCAGAAAAAGCUUGACAGCACUGCAGACGAUUUUUUAAAAUUGGGUUUGUGUCCUUUUGUGCUUCUUUAUGGUGGACCCAAUAGGUGAGAAAGGUUUGGAGUUUCUUAGUAUUUUCUGCUCAUGUUUACCUUAGAUAUAUCAGGAAUAUCAAAUCUAGUGUCCCUGCUUUUGCUGGAAGACUUCUUGGGGGAGACAACCUCAGAUAGUUAUUGCGAUCUGCCGCAUCUUUACAUAGGAGGAGAGGGGUGCUGAAAUUUUGGUUGAAUGGAGGUCUGUGUUAGACAGGCAUUAACAAAAAUGAAACAGUUUUAAACAAUGUAAGUAAAAAUCCCCUUUCAAUUACUCUCUGGCAAUGUCAGAAUUCUACUAGUGCUCUAGCCUUGGGGUUCUCAACCUUUUUCUUUAUGAGGCCGCCCCAGGAUACUAUAAAAACUCCAUGGCCCACGUAUGCCACAAUAACUGGUUUUCUGCAUAUAAAAACCAGGGCCAGCAUUAGGGGGUAGCAACCAGGUCAACUGCCUGGGGCCCCAUGCCACAGGGCCCCCCCAUGAAGCUACAUUACUCAGGCUUCGGCUUCAGCCCUAGGUGACGGGGCUCAGGGCCCUGGACUUCAGCCCUAUGUGGUUGGGCUUCAGCUUUCUACCCUAGGCCGCAGCUGGCUCCAGUCCAAUGUCUUUCUACCCUGGGCCCCAGUCUAUGCUAGCCCUGCUUGGCAGCCCACCUGAAACCUGCUCGCAGCCCCCCCAGAGGGCUCCAGACCCUGGCUGAGAACCACUGAGAACCCAUAGAAUCUUCCAGGCUUGACAAGGCCUGGAUUUCUAAGGUAAAAACAAUCAAAAAUGUAUCUUCUGAAAAAAAAAUCCCACCUUUCAGCCCUGCUUUGUCCAUAAUAAAGACACAAACAAGAACACCAUCCCAAUUUUGUUUUCCUUCACUUGUCACCUCUAACAGUUAAAGAAAACCAGUUUCCUCUAGCUGUAUUCAUUCCCGAGCUGCUGUUUCCAUAGCUGUCUAAGCAAGUGUUUGGGGCUGCCCAGUGUGGCAGUUCUGUUGCUGAUUAAAUGCAUUGAAUAGGUGGAACCUACUGACACAAAGUAAUCACACAGCAUGGGCCCUCUAUACAGGUGCACAAGGUGGGGAAGGAACAAAAGACUUCUCUCAGUGCACCCCAGCACUGGGGCUGGCCAUCAGCUCCCCUGGCAUAGGAGGCACCCUAAGGAGGUUGGGGGACACAGGAGAAAAAGAUAUAGCAAUAUGCACUCUCCCCAUUUGCUUGGGAGCUCCAGCAGGCAUUAAUGCAUAGGGCCUGGCAGUGCUUCCACAGGGGUGUGGUGCAGAGUUAAUUCAAACCUGUGGACAAGCCCCAGCUGAGCUCUGCAUGGUGAACCAUAUCUCUUGGACUGAGGGGAAGAUGCUGGAGCCUGGUGCAUAGAAUAAAAUUUUGCUGAUGUUUUAUUUAUAGCCAUUAUUUUUCUGACAGGCUGCUUGGAGCUCAGCUCGCCUAGCUGGAAGUCACUCCAGCUCUGUCUCUUGUAAAGCUGGGAUCCCCUAAGGGACAAGUGCAGCCUGCAGAGACCUAAACUGUGGCCUCUGGCUGAGCGUUCCCUGCAAGUGCAGGCAGGGCACGCAUCUGAAGGACUCAAACAUACCAUGGCGGUUCCUCAGUUGAGGCGGAUGCUGCUACAAGGCUCAGCAGAUCUCAGGGGAUGCUCAUGGAUAUGCAAAUAUGGGGGUGCCCACAGAACUCGGGGCAAAUUGCCAGGGAGUUGCUUAGUGCUGUACAGUUGGGGCUCCUCUGAGGCACUGGCAGGUCUGUGAGUAUCUUGUGGGUAUUUUACACCAGGCAAGACAGGGAACGUUAUUGGCAUAGAGCAAACAGCCCCGGGCCUUAAGCAGCUGGGCCUGGAAAAAGUAGCCGUAGUUCUGAGCUCUGACCAGGAGAGGCUGCUACUGCCCUGCUUCCCCUCCCAGCUCUCCAUCGCUUUGCUGGUGGCUCCACACAGGAGGGGGAGCUCGAGUGGGGCGGCAGCAGCUACCUGCAUUCCACCCCCACCGCAGUGUAGCAAGUGUGUGACUUGCUUGGAGACUGAACUGUACUUCCGGGCCCCAGUCACCUGACCAAGGUCAGGGUUACAAAAGGUCAAUAGCCCUGUCAUGUGGGAGGGGUUGGUGUCUAGGAUGCCAUCCUGUGCAAUGGACAAGGCUCGCUGUAAGUGAAAAGGAAGAGAUAUAAAGCCUUUUAUUAUUAUGGGGUCUGUGUGCUGGGCACUGUACAAACACAUAGACAGAAAUAGUCCCUGCUCCAAAGAGCUUGCAAUCUAAGACUGUCCUCCUAGGAAGGAUAUGUCUCCUUGCUGUACUCUGAGCCAGCAGCAAAGAAUGCGACCACUGUCACAUGGAACUCAAAAGGCAGGGUAAGUGCCUGCUCCUAACUAGUGAACAGGUGAUCUCUGUGUUAAUUGUUCCUUUUGCUGAGAUCACAGUCCCUUGUUUCUCGGUUACUUGAAUAUCUACCGAGUAACCCCGGCAAUCCCUUAUUCUUCAUGCCAGGGUUCUAUAACUCUUUCACAGUGUGAAGAACAUUUUAAUAGAGAGGUUGUCACUUCACAUCCCUGUUGCAACUACAGCAUUUGCUUACACUGAAAAGUAACAUUAAGAAACUAUUUCAUGGCUAUUUAGCGACUGGAAAAGAGAAGAGCUAGCAGUCUGUGGUCCACCAGCAAGUGUUCUGCAGCCACCAGUGGUUCACAGACUACAGUGUGGGAACUUGUGCUCCAUGCCGUCCCUUAUGUGCUGCUACCAUUUGGCAUGAUUCAGAUAUUGGGCUGUCUGUGGGGUUGGGAACAAGUUGGGAAGAGGACUCCCAUUAAGAGGGUGCAUCAUUCAUUUAUUUUGUCCAGUUAAUUUGAUUUGUACUUUACCUUUGGUUGAUUUGUACUUUCCUUGGUUUCUGUUUCUCUUAGCUUGUUCAAAACAUUGUUUAAAUGAAAGGUGUUUUUACCACA